AUGCACAGCAUUGCAAUACCGCUGGUUUUACUCCUACUGCUACUACACACCGUACUAUUAAAAUCUGUGUUGUCAAGUACUGCAGAAGACUUCUCGCUAAGAGAAUGUAACAUAAAGUCAUUUGGCUACGACUCUUUUGUAUGUCAAUGUGAUGCUAGCUAUGGUUGUGACAAUAUUGCACCAAUAGGUAACAUUGAAAAGGAUCAAGCUGUUGUCUACACAACUUCUAUGCAUCAACAUCGAUUGAAUCGUACUGUGAUGAAGUUUGAGAAGUAUGGUGAGUAUAGGGUUUUAAAAACGGAUUUGGGUAUCUUACCUUACCCUAGCUAAAUAUACCCUUGCCUACUUUACCCCAACCUAUCUUAACUUACGUUAUCUUACUUUACCUUACCUUCUGACCAAACAAAAAACAAACUUUUGAUAGUAAUACAGUACUGUUUAGAACCCUCAAACUCUUCGUUCACUCUCAAGGUCAAUAGUACUGCCCAACUUCAAAAAAUCAUUGGAUUUGGUGGAGCUAUCACAGACGCGGCCACUUCCGUCUAUCUGAAAGACAAUGCACUGAAAAAAGUUUUGUUAAGACAAUAUUAUGGACCUGAUGGUAAGUCAACUUUUUAUCUUUUUUAUUGUUGUUCAAGGACAGGAUAUGGCGAGUUAUUUUUAGCGUUUUGCUUUUUUGGGGGUUGGUAGACCUGAUAAGAGAGCUACUAAUAUAGAUUCGGUCUCAUACGUAGUCGAAACAAAUUUCAAAGGGCAGGGCCAAAAAAUUGAGGCUGACCUACUCUAAGUUUUCAAAAAAAUGAACCUGGUCCGGCUUCUUCACAGGUCUGGGGAUGAGUGAUUUUAGUCGAAAGAGGAAAGAAUAAAACAAAAUAUUUUUGAGUUGAUAAGAGGUACUGGUAAUGCCGAAAUGAUGAUUUCGAUAAGGGGAUGGAAAGGUUUAAAGCAAAUUUUAUUUUUUGAAAAAUUUUGCAAAAAAACAUUUUUUUGAAAAAGUUUGGCUGGUUCCUUUAGCUAUCUACUGCGUUCUGUGUAGUAUUAUCCAAAGCACCUUACGAAGGAACUGUGGAUAGUACUGGCGUAUAGUCUCAAACACAGCUUCUGUUUUUAAUACCCGGUAUAGUUCUACCCACCCUUUGACUUCACUCUGCUCAAUCUUUUCCUUAAAUCCUGGAAACAAAAAAGAUGUUUAUUUAGUUUUUUGAAAUUUAGGUAUUGAAUACAGCAUUGGACGAGUGCCAAUAGGAAGCUGUGACUUUUCCGAAGGGAACUGGUCUUAUUCAGAAACACCUGAUGACUAUAUGCUAGAACAUUUUGGCACUGAUCAGGAUUAUAAAUUAAGUUAUAAAUAAUACCACGGAGUUAAGAUAGGAUACUUUACGUUACUCUAUCCUAGCCGUUCAGAGGGAGGGUGGACGGAGGCGGAGUCUCCCGCCCCAAAAAAAAAUUUCGAAAAAAGUUGAACGUGGUCCCCCCAGCGAAUUUUUGGAAAAAUUUUUUCGACUCCUGCCCCCAGACCAAACGUCCCCGCCCGGCCCUGGUAAUUACUGUAAAAAUAACUAAGUUUACCGUACUAUAUUUUUAGCCAGAACUGCUACGAGAAAUUCUUCGUCUGACUCCAGAAAUCAAGUUGUUUGGUUCAUCAUGGUCAGCUCCUGGUUGGAUGAAGGACACUGGAAAGAUGCAAGGGGUGGUAAAUUGAAAGGAGGCUUCAACGGUGUAUAUUAUUUGGCUUAUGCCAAGUAUUUGUUAAAGUAAGGCUUUUUAAAAACAUUUAUAUUGUAGUACAAUUCUAAGCCUAAAAAUUUAAAAUUUUUUAAAAUUUUUUUAAAAAAAAGUUUUCAAUUUUAGGUUCUUCAAGCUCUACGCAACCCAAGGCAUUAACUUUUGGGGAAUGACAAUCCAAAAUGAGCCUAGUUUUGGCAGUGACUAUAACUGGCGAUGGCAAGGCAUGUAUCUUAGCCCGGCUAUGCAAAGGUAUGUUACCAUGAUUACUAUGGGUUAGAAAAAAAGGUAGGGUAGAAUAAAGUAGGAUAAGGUACUUGGGAUUAGAAAAAUAACCCCCAAGGUUAGAAAUUGAAAAACAAUUAAUUUUUAAAAAGUUUUAAAAAUUUUGAAUUUUCAAAUUCAGAGACUUUGUCAACGGACGACUCGCCCCACUGCUGAAGAGCAACAACUUGACAAAGGAUAUUAUCAUAAUGGCACAUGAUGACCAGAGAAGCGAAAUUCUGGGCGCUGCUAAAGACGUGAGUUCAAUAUUGGGGCUCUUACUGAAAUUGUAAAAAAUUAAAUUUUGAAAUUUUAAAAAUUAGUUUUUUAAGUUUAAUUAGGUUUCAAAUUUGACUUUUAAAUACUUACAAUUUAGAUCUACUCAAAGAAAGUUAAUCAUGAAGUAGACGGUCUUGGCGUACAUUGGUAUUCAUGGUCUGCGUAUGAACCUUUGUCAGAAGUGCACAAGCUGAGGCCAGACAAAUUUAUAUUGUCCACGGAGGUAAGGUGAUGUUACAUGCCUUUCCCUUCCCUGUAUAUCCCCAUCUUGGUUGCCUUGCCUUGUCUUGUCUUAUCUUGUCUGAUAUUGCCUUGUUUUUCCCUACCCUAAUAUCCUCUUUCCAGGCAUGUAACAGUUACUACGACACAGAUCACAUUCCCCAACUUGGCAGCUGGCAACCGGCUCAAAACUAUGCCCACGAUAUAAUCCAGAAUCUUCGAAACUACGUAGCCGGCUGGACAGACUGGAACAUUUGGCUGAACGAACAAGGAGGCCCUAAUUGGGUGGGUAACUUUGUAGAUGCUCCAAUUAUCGUAGACACUGAGAAGGGAGUCUUCUACAAACAACCAAUGUACUACAUCUUGGGACACUUCAGCAAGUUCAUACCUCCAGGCAGUUAUCGUGUCAAUUCGACUCAAAGUAAAAGUGACAACGGGUUUGAAACUGUUUCAUUCAUCACUCCAAAGCAACAAGUUGUGGUGGUUGUUAUGAAUACAUCUGGAAAACGAAAAUUUGAUAUUGUGGUGAAGAAAACUAACUCAACGUCGGCGGUUAAUAUUACACUUGAGCCGAAGUCUAUCAAAACUAUUAUUUUUAAUAACUAAAAACGUAAAUUGAAAAAUAAACUUGCAAUCGUGAACUAUAAAUUUACUUAUUUGUUUUAAAAUCCAUUUUAGACUUAUAUUUUGCUUUGUCUUCCAAUUCUUUCCAACUCCAAUAAUAUUUGUGACACUUCGUCAAAAACUCAAUAGUAGAAGCCAUUUUUCUCGAAAAUAUUUUUUGUUACAAAUUAUUGUAAUUCACAAUUAAAAUACAAGUUAUUACUCUUACAUUUGAGUACUUUUAUAUUAUUUUAGGCUUUGAAGUUGGUUUUAAGUUUUGUGGUUAUAUUGUUUUAGAUUGGUAACAUUAUCUUGCAUUUUUAAGGUGGUUUUGAACGAAUAAAUGCUCUAGUAAAAAAGAUCUACUGGUCUUUCUUUUUGUAAGUUUUAAGUUGUUUUUGUAAUUUUAGUUACAUUCUUGAUAUUUUUAAAGAAAAAGAAUGUUGAUGUAGCUAUAGGUAUUGGUAAUUCUUAUAUCUCCGCGGUUUUUGCGUGUUUUCUUAAAUUUUAUUGUUUACAAGCACAAUGUAAAUUAGUUUUCUUUUUUGUUUUAGAUCAAUUUGGGUUUGUAUUUUAUGAAUUUAGACCCAAAAUGCCUAAACAAAAGGUUCUUCGGCGAGAACACCUCAUGCCAUUGUUUUCUGACAACUUUGACAAUGUUGGUCAACCGAUACCUGCAACACCGCGUGAACGGGUAAUGGACAGGCAUUGGGAGCCGAUUCAAGAACAGCUGGCUAUCAUUGAAACGUUGAAGGAGAAGAAUACGGUUCUGAGGCAUUUGGGUAGAUGGCCAAGCAAAAAUGUCACUGUGGACAUGGGAGCUGCUGCAAGGGACAAAGACACUGAUCUACAGGAUCAAGUUGAAGUUACGGACAUGUUCUUUAAGGCUUGUAGAUGUAAGUUCAAUUUUUAAUAGUGUUUCUUGAUUUUUAGGGGAAAGUAGAGAGCCGGUCAUGGAUAACAACAUUUUUGAUGGAUUAAAAGGUGUUGGUGUUUGUCUUUACAAAAGCACACCUUUGAAAGUUUAUUUAUUAUCUUGGGUGUAUUUUUAAAUGACAUCUAGCUAUUAGUUUUGUAUAUUUUUUUUUUGGGAAAAGUAUUAGAUAGGUUCAUGGAUAAUAUAACUUUUUCUUUUAAAGUCAAUUUUCAGCUUUUGCAUCACCUCAAGCUGUGGUUUUUACUUUUAUAAUUAUAAUAAAAAGCAAGAAACAGUGAUUAAAAGCAAAAAAACUUGUAUUUUACUGUAAAGUUAAUGUUUAGCAUUGAAGUUCAAUGAAACACUGUAUGGAGACGAUUUUGAAGUGCCGCUGGCCAUGAAUGCUGCAGAACUCAUGGGUAAGACCACAGAUUGUGGUCUAGAAAGGAUUGAACCGUUUUUUCUUACAGAGGACAAAGUUAAUGUGAGAUUUUUGUUUUUAUGAGGUUUUAUAUUGUUUUAGGUCUACUUUAUUCUGAAGCUUGUAAAUUGUUUGUUUUUCUUGUUCUUUUUUCGAUUUUAAUGGAACUAUGGACACAGUAUAUUUACACAUGGCUUUCUAAGCUUUUAAUAUGGUGAUAUAUUAACAGAACAACAUACUUUCAGUUCAUAAAAAAGUGCAAAUGGGCCGACAUUGACUACAUUACGAUCUGUGAUACCCAGCUGGCUCUAAUGGCUUCAUGGCUUGUGAAUGUUGAAUCUCUAGAUACAACAGUAUUCACCAAUGUACUGUCAUUACAUCCAGAAACCUGUGAUAACGAUAUCAUGCUCAAGGCGAUCAUAAAUUCAUGUAAUUGGAUUGUGUCAAUGUUUAUCAACUUGGUCGAAUCUGCUGAAACUAUUGUUGAAGAUGUGAGUUGAUUAAAUGAUUGUGGUUGAUUUUAGUGGGUAUUGUCUUAAUAUUUAUAAGGUUAUUUAAAAAUAGCGGCGAUUUAAACUUGUUUUAUUUUUAAAAAAAUAGUUUUUGCAGCCUGCAGGGGACAUGUCAUACGAUAAAUUACGUUUUUCUAGUUUUUACCCGUUUAUUAACGUAGUUUACUACAGUUAGGUGUUAAAAAUAACGCUCUUGGUUGUGAAAUGUUACUGCGUUGAUAAUUUGUCAUUUUGAUUAUUGGCUUACUGUAAUUUUUUAAUGUUUUAGGAUGCAAUGAACAGAAAGACGGUUCAUCAGUUUUGCUCACCCAAUUAUGUUGAUGUAAUGGCCUUCUUGGACGAGGCUAUUGAACAAAACAACUUGGAGAAUUCUUUUAACAAGGUGAGGUUUAAAUUUUAAAAAGUUUUUUUUGAAAUUUUAAAAAUGAAAAAUUUUUUAAUUUUGAAAAUAUUUUUUUAAAUAAAAAAAAAUUGAAAAAGAACAUUAAAAUUCUUUAAAUUUUCGUCUUCUAGGACCUCUACAUAGCCACAGACGGCGAACUAAAGCCAUCAAGACCAUCGAUCCGAACCCUAAAAGAAGCCAUCGCCGUUCGCCUCGAGUUCCUCAAAUCUCUGAUGGAAGCCAUUGGCAACGCCUUUCCCUUAUUAACCAGAAGCCCCGAGGGCGUGGAAACUAAAAACGAUCGGAAAAACAAGAAAUUGAAGAAGCCGAAGAAACGAAAACCCUCGGAUCCGGAGCUUCCGAACCUCAGAAACAUGACCAAAUGCUUCAGAUUGGCAUAUUCUUAUAUCAGCUUGUCGCUGGACACGGUUGAGUUCGGGCGACCACCUCCAGAUGGCUUUGAUUAUGAACAUAUCAACAGGAUUCGGAACAUGGGCAAUGUGACAAAGGAUAGGACAUUGUUCAAUGAGGAACAGAGCGGAGUUUACGCUAAGAAUCCGGAUGGUAAGUAGCGUUGCUUUAGCUUAUCGUAGCUCUAUGCUAACUAGGGACUUGAUCAUGGUUGACUGUAGUCUUAUCUUAGCUUUGCUUCAUCUUAUAGCCUUAACUUAUGAAAAACUUUAAUUCAAAAAAUUAUUUUCAGGUGACUACAGCUGGGUGCCCCCAAUCGUACCCAACCUCAGCUUCCAUCAACUCCCCAACAACUUUCCUCACGAGGUCAAGUUGGUCAGUCGUGACCGAGGUCUAUAUUUCUUUGGCAGCUUUAUCCAAGAACUAUACGAUGCCAUUCUUAUGAUACCACCAGUUCCGUGGGCUUUGGAUGAGGUUUUUGGAGCUUUUGCCAAGUUUCAAAAGCUGCACGUCGUAGCCAGAAGCUUCUUGGAGCUGACGAUCUUGACGUCGAAGCUGAAGAUUCUAUGGUACUACAACUUGGAGGAUUUGACUGAAAAUGGCAUUGACGACUUUUCAUGUACUUACAAGUUGAAACAGCUGUUGUAAGUUGAGGGAUAAUGUAGAUUUAGGUAUUAAAAAAGAGGUUUUGUCAUGGAUAAUGUAAAUUAUUGUCUAAAGAUGAAGAUUUUGGAAUGGUUGAUGAUAUAUGUAUAAAAAGCUUAUUUUUGUUAUGGGUAAUAUAAUUAUAGCUAUAAAAAAUAUUGUUUCGUGAAGGAUAAUAUAAAUUUUGUUUCAAAAAUAAGCUUUCUACGUACUAAAAUACGAUUUUCAGCUACCUAGCCACAAUGCAAUCAUUGUUCUUCCAAGACCCUCUACCUCACUUCAACCUAGACGAACCAGAAUGGCCAGUCAUGGAACCGGACGAGCUAAUCAAACUGUCUCCCUUCGCUUCAGGCCUAACCGAGAGAGAGGCCGAAGACAGACAAAGCGAACUGAACAGAUUCAGCUAUGCCAGCACUUUAAAACAGUUCCUAUACGACAUGGGAAGGGUGCACUCACAUCAUCUUCAAUAUCUGGUACAUUCGACCUAUCACUUCAGGAGCAAAAUGUGCACAAACUUGGCUGAUUUAUACGCUAGCUACCUGCCGAAGGUGAGGUUUUGUUGAAUUUUUUUGAAAAUUUGAAAGAAAAGACUUGAAUUUAUAUUGAGCAUGGUGUAGUCAAUAUUAUUUUCUAUUUUAAUACAAAACAAAGCAAAAAUAAAAUCUACUAUAACAUCUUUUCUUCAGGCCUUGACUCUCGAGCUCACCAUGGACAGAUCAAUGACCUCGUACAAUCGGAAAGUCUUCCAAGAUCACAUUGAACUAGUGCGCAAAACUGGCAUCCAAAGACCAUUGCCACUUCGUUUCAGUGGAUGUCCUGCCUUUUUAAGCACUUAUGUACAAUAUCACACCUUUAUGCUCUGCCGAAUGCACAUUCAGCAAACCCUACAUCUGGAAAUUGUACCAAUGGGAGAGUUGGACAUGGUCCUGUUCAUCUACUUGUGCGUUCUGAGGAGGUUUGGGUCGAUUCUGAAGAAACAAAUGAUGGGUUACAAUUCUUUUACGAAAUUACGUAGGUUUGGAGAGUUUUUGGUAGAUUAUAUAGGUUUAAAGGGGUUGUCAGGAGACCUGAAAGGAGGUUCAUUAGGCCUGGCUCAGGGUUGGGCUAAAGAAAAGUUAGAAGGGGCCGGGAUUGAAGACUUUGUUAUCACUGAUAAGCUAUAAAAUAUCAAUCAAUCUACCAUAUUUUACAUUUUUCAGCCAUUCCCGACACCUUCGACCGCAUCGUGGAGGAACGCCAGAUCCUGGAAGCCCGUGCCCAAGCCACAACCUUCCCCAACAUGGUCCAAGUGGCGGCCGAAGUCCAGAUGUGCCUGGUCGUGAUUGCUCUCAUUCAAAUACGAAAAAGGACGGCUGCUUGCGAGUACCACCCAACGAAGGCACAUUGUUUCUACACAGAGUAAAACAAUCAAUCCCACAGAAUGUUCGAGAAGAGUACGAUUUGUGGAACUUCACCCCGAGCUAUCAGGACUACAAGAUCUUCUUGAACUUUAUGUAGGUUGAAAAAGGGAAGGGGUGAUGAAAUUUUUGGAUUUUUGAAAUGGAUGGGGUUUUAAGGUUAAUUUUGUAAAAAUAAAAUUUUGGGCGGGGUAAAAACUUUGGGGGGUGUGAUUUCAAAUUUUUUAAAAAUAUUUUAUUACUCUUAAUAAAACAAAAAUGGAAAUUGGCAGCUUUAAAAUUCAUUUAAAAAAGUUUUGGGCGGGGUAAAAAAAAUUUCGGGGGGGCGUUUUUGAAAUUUUUUAAAAAUUCUUAUUUGCUGUUACUAAAACAAAAAUGAACUAAAAGCAUCAAAGCUUAACUAAAAAUGACAGUUUUUCCUACUUCAGGACCCAAGACUACCUCAACGAUCGACCACCAUGCAAAUCGACUGAAGAACUGUGCACCUAUGCCAAUAUCAAUUUCCUCCGGGCCAAAGAACUGUACAUGCACACAGAGAAAUCGAAGCACUAUGUGAAAGAGUUGGGAGCCAUCAACAGUUUUCUACAAAGGCUUAGUGAGGGGCAAUACAAAACGGUAAGGAGAUGUUGUUGUAGGUGGGUUUUGGGGGAAAAGUAAAUUUUUUUGGCGUAUUUUUGUUGCUCAAACAUUUUUUAACAUUUUUAUAUAGUUAUUAAAUUAUCUUUUGGUAAGCAUAUAUGUACGUUAUGUCUAUUUCAUAUCCUUUCCUUUUUAGAAAAACGCCUUCAAGUUGACCUUCCCCUACCUGGACAACAUCAUGAUCUUUGACAUUCGCUUUCCAGGAACGGCCGAAAUUCAAUCUCCACGAAUUACCAGUCCCACCCUGAAUCCAUCGAGAACUGAGAGAAAGAAGGUUCAGGACGAUGAUGUGGACAAAUUGGCACAGGACCUACAACAUGUUCAAGUGGCUGGAGAUAAACAGAAGAAGAAGAAGGGAAAAAAGUGA